GGAGCUCAUUUUGUGGCCCCUUCGAAGCGCCCUGACGACGAGUACCACUCGAAAGUCGAGACGAGGGAGCGCAUCCAUCAAUUUAACUUAAAUAAAAAGAGCGCGCGCCACGGCGUUCAAAUCCCACCGGGCGCGCGCGCCCAUCGCGAGUCCCACGCGCCCACCCACGCGCGCGCCGCAUCGAAAAGGCGCUCGGCGGUCCCUCCCUUAGGCCAUAAUUUUGGCCCUCGACGAGAGACGCCCGGCCCGCCGCAGGCAGCAGGUCACGACCCAGCCGCGCGAGACAAUGGUCUACCGGCCCCAGACGCACGCGCGGCCCCACGAGCCGAGCCAGCGAGAUAUCGAGGCGUCGGACGCCGAGGUCCAGCGCUUCCUCGACGACCCCGAGGCCGCGGACGUCGACUGGGAGACGUACGCCGCCGGCUACAAGUGGGGCCCGGACUUCGUGCGCUACUUCAACGAGGCGCUCGCGGCGAACGGCGAGCGCACCGACGGCGUCUACGGCGACCGCGGGCUCGAGGCCUGGCCCGAGGCGCGCGUCGUCGACUGCCCGCUCGCGCGGCGCCUCGACGGCGCGCUGGGCCGCGCCGCCGACGCGCGCACGCGCAAGAUCUGCGCCGACCACGCGGCGUGCGUCGAGGCCCUGCUGCGCGACUUCGUCGCGCGCCACGAGCCGGCGCCGGCCGCCGCGGCCGACCCGCCGCCGGCGUCCGCGGCGGCCAUGAGCGUCGACGACCCGCACUCGGCGCCGUUCACGCCGCACGCGCCGCGGCGGUCGCAGCUCGACCCCGUCUCGACCGACUCGGAGGACGAGGACGACGCGAUCGCGCCGCGGGGGCUCGGCGCGUUCGACGGCUACGGCUCGCGCGACGACGACGACGACGACGCGGACAGCGGCGGCGGCGACGACUGGUCGGCGCCGGCGGCGUCGCCCGACGCGCGCGAGCGCGGCUUCGACCGCGACGACGACUACUCGGCCGAGGACGACCUCUGCAAGGGCGUGCGCCGCAUGUCCACGACGCCUCAGAAGGCGCCGGAGCCGCGCGCCCCCUUCCGCCACUACUCGUACCGCGACGCCGACGAGCGGCCGCCGGCGUGGCAGCGCAAGUCGGCCUUCUAA